GAUUUUUUUCCUGCUGAUUCCCCUCAUGCCCGGCGUUGAGCGAGGUGGUGGUGAAGAUUGCGGUGGUGGUGGUCACGAAUGUUGAGGCGGCCGAGAGGACUGAACCUUGUGGUGGUGGUGGUUGGUGGUGGUGGUUGGUCAACACGAUCAACGUGGCGAGCGGUGAAGGUGGAGAAGAUUGACGCGGGUGGUGGCGCCGCAGCCGAUCUGAGGGGAGGGAAGGGUGAGCGGUGGUUGCGGGUGAAGGAGCUUCAUUGACGGCAGCUCUUACACCCACACCACCCACACCACACACACACACCACACACACACACCACACACACACCACACACACACACCACCAAACACCACCCACACCACACACCCACACCACAUAACACCACCACACACCACCACCCACACACCACCAAAACUACACCACACACCACUACACACCACCCACACCAUCCACCCACACCACCAAAACCACUCCACACACACCACCCACACCACACACCACCACACACACACCACCACACACCACACACCACCACACACCACUACACACCAUCCACCCACACCACCAAAACCACUCCACACACACCACCCACACCACACACCACCACACACACCACACACCACCACACACCACUACACACCACCCACACCCACCACACACCACCACACACCACCCACACCACACACCACCACACACCACCACACACCACACACCACCCACACCACACACCACCACACUCCACCGGCGGCAGGAGCGUACAAAUGUGGCCCGCGCUGGAGCCUCUGAGCCAGCAGCAGCUGCGCCGCCUGGAGCAGCACCGCUACAGCGCCACGGGGCGCUCCGUGCUGGAGGGCGGCCUGCACCCCUGGUGGUGCUGGCUCGUGUCCCGCACCCCGCUCUGGGUGGCGCCCAACCUCAUCACCGUGAGCGGCCUCGCGUGCAACGCCGCCACCACCCUGCUGCUCGCCGCCCUCUGCCCCACGGCCACCGAGGCGGCUCCCCGCUGGGUGUACUCGCUCUGCGCGCUCGGCCUCUUUAUCUAUCAGUCCCUGGACGCCAUCGACGGGAAGCAGGCCCGACGCACUGGCUCCUCCUCGCCACUCGGCGAGCUCUUCGACCACGGCUGCGAUGCCAUCUCCACCGUGCUCCUGGCGAUGGGUGUGGUGGUGACGCUGCGACUGGGCACCGACUGUGACCUCCUCUUCCUCCUCUUCUUCCUGGGCGUCUUCAUGUUCUACUGCGCCCAUUGGCAAACCUACGUCACCGGCACCAUGCGCUUCGGCAAGAUCGAUGUGACGGAGGUGCAGCUCGUCAUUGUGGGCAUCUUCCUCCUGGCGGCCGCUUGUGGGCCUGACGUGUGGGACCACCGUGUGCCCGUGCUGGACAUGCGUCUCAAGCUGGUGCCUGUGCUGCUCGAGGUGCUCGCCUCUGUCUUCACUUGCGUCACCAACUUCCGCAUUAUCUUCACCGGCGGCGUCGGCAAGAACGGCUCCACCAUCGCGGGCACCAGUGUGAUCUCGCCCGCGUUCCAUAUCGGCACCGUGGUCGUGCUGGCCGCCAUGAUCGCCAAGAAGUCUCCGUCGAGUCUUUUUGAGCGGAACCCGUGCCUCUACAUCCUCACGUUCGGCUGCGUGGCCGCCAAGAUCACCAACAAGCUCGUGGUGGCUCACAUGACACGCAGUGAGAUGUUCUUGCAAGACACGGCGUUCCUGGGGCCAGGCCUCCUCUUCCUGAACCAGUACUGCAACUGCUUUGUCGAUGAGUUUACGGUACUCUUGAUUGCACUGGUGUUGUCCAUGAGUGACCUGCUGUUCUACUGUGUUGCUGUUUGCCAUCAGAUUUCCACGCACCUUCGCAUCCACGUGUUCAAGAUCGCACCCCCCGUCGCACACACCUCCACUAAUCAGCACACACACCUCCACUAACCACCACUCACACUGACGUCACCACUCACACCUCCACUAACCACCACUCACACUGACGUCACCACUCACACCUCCUCUCACCACCUCUCACACUGACGUCACCACUCACCUCCACUAACCACCUCUCACACUGAUGUCAUCACUCACACCUCCACUAACCACCACUCACACUGACGUCACCACACACACCUCCACUAACCACCACACACACUGACAUCACCACUUACACGUCCACUAACCACCAUUUACAACUCCACCAUCCACCACUCACACCUCCACGAACCACCACUCACACUGACGUCACCACUCACACCGCCACUAACCACCACUCACACCUCCACUAACCACCACUCACACUGACGUCACCACUCACACCGCCACUAACCACCACUCACACCUCCACUCACCACCUCACACACUGACAUCACAACUCAUACCUCCACUAACCACCACUCACACCUCCACUCACCACCACACACACUGACAUCACCACUCAUACCUCCACUAACCACCACACACACUGACGUCACCACUCACACCUCCUCUCACCACCUCUCACACCUCCACGAACCACCACUCACACUGACGUCACCACUCAACUCCACCAUCCACCACUGACACCUCCACUAACCACCACUCACAACCACACACACUGACGUCACCACUCACACCUCCACCAACCACCACUCAACUCCACCAUCCACCACUGACACCUCCACUAACCACCACUCACACCUCCACUAACAACCUCUCACACCUCCACUCACCACCACACACACUAACGUCACCACUCACACCUCCACUAACCACCACUCACACGGACGUCACCACUCAACUCCACCAUCCACCACUGACACCUCCACUAACCACCACUCACACCUCCACUAACCACCACUCACACUGACGUCACCACUCAACUCCACCAUCCAACACUCAAACCUCUACCAACCACCACUCACAUCUCCACUAACCACCACUCACACCCGCAGCGUCGCUCACACUUGCAGCAUCAUUCACGAUCGCCUACAUCGUCAGUACACCCAUCACCCACACAGAGGUCAGACUGGGACCGAGUCUCAAGCCACUGAUCUUUGAAACCCGGUUUCCAGGAUCCAAGUCUCAAAACUGAUCCUGACAUCCAGUCUUCUGGAUCUAAGUCUGAAGACUCUGAUCCUGAAACCCGGUCUCCUGGAUCCAAGUCUCAAGAGCCUGAUCCUGAAACCCGGUCUCCUGGGGCUGAUCUCAAUCUAAACGAUGGUCUCCCUUUGAGCCGAGUUUCAAAGACAUUGAUUCCGAAAAACGCAGUUCCACUGUUGUCCUGAGUGAGUGUCAAAUCCAAUCCUGGAAACCCGCUCCCGAGAUGUCCAUUCCGAGUUGCCGGUUUCCUGCAAUGUUUACGUUUCAAAAAUGUGACACAACAAAAAGAAUCGUGGCAUUUAAGCUCCCUAGCGCCUGUUCUAAAUCAAGCCCACACGCUUUGGUUGUUCUGAAUGUAUUUUUUUUUCUUUAAUUCAUGUGAGUCCUCAUAUUCGUUCCAUGCCCGUGCUUGAACUGGACUCUUGCUUUAACAAGGGCACCGCUGUUAUUUUUUAUUGGGGGUGGCCUUGCUGUGCACGGUGUUUGUGCGGCUGAGGGCGAUGGGAUGGGGCAGGGUGGGUAGGGGAGUAAAGCUUCUAAACUUUUCCUAAACUCGCCAAUAAAACUCAACCAUUGGUGUGGCCUUAAUCUCAGCCCUUCGCAGAUAGAUCAUACAGCUAUCUCGGCGGCGGUCAUGGCUUGUAGUCUUUUUAAUCGUGCGGCGGUGGUUUCCAGGUGGCCUUCAUCCGCAGUAGAUAAGGGGACUUGCACAAAAGGAGGGGGUGCCACGGAGCGAGCGGGCAGAUGGGCACCCCCGUUGGCUCGCAUUGCCCGGGCGCAGAAUUCUUGGUUCCGGCUUGUGCGGGGUAGGGUGGGACCUCGUGUGUUCGAUUUGCCCCCGGGGGCAAGGGGGCGCGCGGAUGUGGACAAACAAAAGGUCGGAUGAGUGAACAUCCGUCAAUUUUAAGCUCGUCACGCGUCGCACAGUUAUUCGCUCAGUCGAAGGGGGAGAGGAGGCAGGGAGAGCGAGCGAUUCGGAAGGCGUGAUGAGGAGCCACGGGGCGAAGCUGGCAGGCAACCACGCGAUUUUUCCACCUCCACCAACUUAACUUAAUUACAUAAAUAAAGCGCUUUAAUCAAAGCACUGUGCAGUGAUUUAACAAAUUGCCCCAUGCGCUGCGAUCCUCCACAUAUCAAGGUGUUGUCGGCCAAUCAGUGUUUACAUGUGGGUGGAAACCCGGAAGCCCCCGAUGUGCAUGCGAGGGGGAAACGUAUCCCAGACGGACUGAACCGCGGUUUGAGUCCACACUGUUGUUGUUGUGCCGCCUAUUUCCUGGCGAGCCUAGAGUAUUGCAACCUCCCUCAACGCCCUCGAACGGGGAGGGAGUUUGUUCGUUGAACUUUUUUCGCACCCUACGUAGCCAAUCGUGCUAACCGGAGGUGCGGGAGAAGACAAACUAAACACAAGGCAGUUCUAAAGAAAUGAGUUUGUCGAUCUAGACGAUUUAAAUAAAAGUGCACAGCUCCCAGUGGCUUCCUUAAUGUCGGAAGGGAAGAGCGUUCCAGACGGCCGCCGAAGCAGCGCACCUGAAAGCGCCAUGCGACGCGGCGACCGUCUUUAAGCAUCCCGUCGCUACCUCCACAGUGCCGGAUCACGGAGUGCGCGCGUAGCCACCGGCGCCACCACCCCCUCCCCCCCCACCGCAGUCUGGCAGAAGGGGACGGUCGUGGGGUGCGGGCGCAAAAUGGGUUACUGCACAAACGGAAAUAAAGCGCACCACGCUGAUCUCA